ACUAGUAGGGCGGAAUUCCGUGGGUCUGGAUUGGUUGGAUCGUUUCGGACAAUCUAUCGGACAGAAGGUCCCUUCGGGUUUUACAGGGGCAAUGGUGCCAGCGUUGCUAGGAUUGUUCCUUAUGCAGCUUUGCAUUACAUGGCAUACGAAGAGUAUCGCCGAUGGAUCAUUCUUGGUUUUCCUAAUGUUCAACAAGGGCCUGUUCUUGAUCUAGUGGCUGGAUCAAUAGCUGGGGGAACAGCAGUCGUGUCCACAUAUCCGCUUGAUCUGGUUCGCACGAAGUUGGCUUAUCAGCUGCAGGUCAAAGGUACAGUGAACCUCAGUUUAAGAGAAUCUAAGCCCUCCGAACAGGUUUACAAAGGGAUCCUUGAUUGUUUGAAAAUAAUAUACAGGCAAAAUGGCUUGAAAGGCCUAUACCGUGGCAUGGCUCCAUCAUUAUAUGGAAUCUUUCCUUAUUCCGGUCUUAAAUUCUAUUUCUAUGAGAAGAUGAAGACUCAUGUUCCUGAAGAGCACAGAAGAGAUAUUAUACCAAAACUUGCUUGUGGGUCAGUUGCUGGUUUGUUAGGACAGACAAUAACGUAUCCCCUUGAUGUUGUUAGGCGGCAAAUGCAGGUUCAGGCGCUCUCAUCGUCCAACCUCGUGAAGGGGAAAGAAACAUUUGGAAGCCUUGCUAUGAUAGUGAAACAUCAAGGUUGGAAGCAACUGUUUUCAGGACUAUCUAUCAACUAUUUGAAGGUUGUCCCAUCGGCAGCCCUAGGGUUUACUGUGUACGAUUCCAUGAGGGAUUGGCUUAAUGUUCCAUCUAGAGAGCAAGUGCCUGUGGUUGUCCCUGUGUUAUCAGAAGACGGAAGUGAUGCUGCCCCUGUUCACUCCAGUUAGAACUAGUUACCAUCACUGGUGGUUCAACUUCUUCACUGCCUUAGUUAAUAUUCAUAAGCAUGUAGCAUUGUAUUCUUUCUUGGAGUGGUAACCCCAAAAUUCUUACACUUGUUUAGAAUAAUACAAAUAAUAGUUCGACCUUCAAUAAGCCCAUAAGCAGCGCAGCUGCAGAUGCCAAACCUAGGCUUGUAUCAAGAGAAGUAGAAGUAGGAGUAGAAUUCCACCCCGAUCCUGUCAAAGAAAGGUAGAUUUCCUUCCUGUCAAAAAGAACAAGUAUAAUUCAUUGCAAAUUACUGAUUCUUGUGGAAA